AUGGAGAACUACAGCUUGGAGGACAUCAGGAACGAGAAUGUCGACCUGGUGAGAUGAUCCUCUCUCUUUCUCUCUCUCUCUCUCUCUCUCUCUCUCUAUCUGUGCUCGUCCUCCCCCGUUGGCGAGCUUUUCCUCAUAUUUCGAUUAUUGUAGGAACGGAUCCCGGUGGAGGAGGUUUUCGGGCUGCUGAAGACUUCCAAGGAUGGUCUCACCGCCGAGGAAGGAGAGCAGCGCCUCCAGAUCUUCGGCCCUAACAAACUCGAGGAGAAGGAGGCCAGUCUGCUGGAACCCUAACCGUGAUCCUCUCUCGUCUUUUCUGGCUUUGAUUUUUUUGUGCUCUAAGUCUUCUUAUGUUUUUCAGGAGAGCAAAAUCCUCAAGUUUUUGGGGUUCAUGUGGAAUCCGCUUUCGUGGGUCAUGGAAAGCGCCGCCCUAAUGGCGAUCGUCCUAGCAAAUGGCCAGGUAACCGAAGAUCAACAUCAUCAUCGUCGUCUUCUUGUUCGCAACUCAACUACUAAUUAUUGUCAUCAUCUCCUUCCUGUUCUUAGGGCAAACCUCCUGAUUGGCCGGACUUUGUCGGCAUCGUUACUCUUCUGGUGAUAAACUCCACCAUCAGCUUUAUCGAAGAGAACAAUGCGGGGAAUGCCGCGGCGUCACUCAUGGCUGGCCUUGCUCCCAAGACCAAGGUUGGCCGUCACGCCAUCUCUGCGUGUGCUCGAUCUACUCCGCCGCCGUAUGCCCCUCUCUAAAUUGAAACCUUAUUGUGAAGGUGCUCAGAGAUGGAAAGUGGUCGGAGCAGGACGCGGCGAUCCUCGUCCCUGGAGAUAUCAUCAGCGUGAAGCUCGGGGACAUCAUCCCGGCAGACGCCCGCCUUCUGGAGGGCGAUCCUCUGAAGAUCGACCAGUCGGCUCUCACUGGCGAGUCUCUCCCCGUCACCAAGAGCCCGGGGGACGAGAUCUUCUCUGGUUCUACAUGCAAGCAGGGGGAGAUUGAGGCCGUUGUCAUCGCCACCGGCGUCCAUACCUUCUUCGGCAAGGCUGCCCACCUCGUCGACAGCACCAACAAUAUCGGCCACUUCCAGAAGGUCGCCCCGAUCCCUCGUCGCCAAUUCGUUCUAAAUUUAGCCGCCCAAUUCUUUCGGAAUUUUCAUUGCCUCUAGUUCCGAUCUUCGCAGGUGUUGACGGCGAUUGGGAACUUCUGCAUCUGCUCCAUCGCUCUGGGGAUGCUGGUGGAGAUCAUCGUCAUGUACCCCGUGCAGCGCCGGCGAUACAGGGACGGCAUCGACAACCUCCUGGUGCUCCUUAUCGGGGGGAUCCCCAUCGCCAUGCCCACCGUUCUCUCUGUGACGAUGGCUAUCGGCUCUCACCGCCUCUCGGAACAGGGCGCGAUUACCAAGCGCAUGACGGCCAUCGAGGAGAUGGCCGGCAUGGAUGUCCUCUGCAGUGACAAGACUGGCACUCUUACCCUCAACAAGCUCACCGUCGAUAAGACCAUGAUCGAGGUCACUCCAUUGUCGUCAUCGUCCUCGUCAUCUAGAUCCUCUCAUCUGGAUUCUUAAGAUCAUAAGGUUUCCCCUUCAGGUAUUCGUGAAGGACACGGAGAAGGACACCGUGAUGCUGCUCGCCGCCCAGGCUUCCCGGACGGAGAACCAGGACGCCAUCGACGCCUCCAUCGUGAACAUGCUCGCCGACCCCAAGGAGGUGGAACCCCCCCUUCUUCCUAUUCUUCUUCUUCUUCACCAGCGUAAGGAUUUCCAUCAUUCGGUCUGGUUCAUCCGCCGGCGAUCCCGGAAAUCUUUCAGGCCAGGGCGGGAAUCAAAGAAGUGCACUUCCUCCCCUUCAACCCCGUCGAUAAGCGCACAGCCAUCACCUAUAUCGACCUCGCGGACGGCUCCUGGCACAGGGUCAGCAAGGGAGCCCCCGAGCAGAUCAUCGAGCUCUGCAACCUCCCCACCGAGACUAAGAACAGGGCCCACGAUAUCAUCGACAAGUUCGCCGAGCGGGGGCUCCGGUCCUUGGCCGUGGCCAGGCAGCCGGUGCCGGAGAAGACGAAGGAGAGCGCCGGUGGCUCAUGGGAGUUCGUCGGACUCCUCCCCCUCUUCGACCCACCGAGGCACGACAGCGCGGAGACCAUCCGGCGGGCCCUGAACCUCGGAGUCAACGUGAAGAUGAUCACCGGAGAUCAGCUCGCCAUCGCCAAGGAGACGGGCCGCCGCCUGGGGAUGGGAACCAACAUGUACCCUUCGUCCUCCCUGCUCGGGGAGAACAGAGACGAGUCGGUGGCCUCCAUCCCUGUCGACGAGCUCAUCGAGAAGGCCGACGGCUUCGCCGGCGUCUUCCCGGAGCACAAGUACAACAUCGUGAAGAAGCUACAGGAGAGGAAGCACAUCUGUGGGAUGACCGGCGACGGGGUCAACGACGCCCCCGCCCUGAAGGCGGCGGACAUCGGAAUUGCGGUGGCGGACGCCACCGACGCCGCCAGGGGGGCCUCCGACAUCGUGUUGACCGAGCCGGGGCUGAGCGUGAUAGUCAGCGCGGUGUUGACCAGCCGCGCCAUUUUCCAGAGGAUGAAGAACUACACCAUAUACGCCGUCUCGAUCACCAUCCGGAUCGUGGUGGGGUUCUUGCUGAUCGCCCUGAUAUGGAAGUUCGACUUCUCGCCGUUCAUGGUGCUGAUCAUCGCCAUUCUCAACGACGGCACAAUCAUGACCAUAUCCAAGGACAGGGUGAAGCCCUCUCCCCUCCCGGAUUCCUGGAAGCUGAAGGAGAUCUUCGCCACGGGGAUCGUCCUCGGCACCUAUCUCGCCGUCAUGACCGUCAUCUUCUUCUGGGCCGCCCACGACACCGACUUCUUCUCGGUACUUGCUCUUUCUCUGCACUUGCCCCCACUUCCCUUCUUAUUCCUUCCUCGUGGAAUCCUAAAGAUGGUCACUGCUCGUUUUUUCUCUGCAGAAGGUGUUCGGGGUGAGGUCCAUCAGUCUGGAGAGCCACGAACUGAACUCGGCGCUGUACCUGCAAGUGAGCAUCGUGAGUCAAGCGCUGAUCUUCGUGACGAGGUCCCGCGGGUGGUCCUACGCGGAGCGGCCGGGGAUGCUCCUCGUCGGAGCCUUCAUCGUCGCGCAGCUGAUCGCGACUCUCAUCGCCGUCUACGCCAGGUGGGGCUUCGCCCGCGUCCAUGGUAUCGGCUGGGGCUGGGCUGGCGUCAUCUGGCUAUACAGCUUCACCACCUACCUUCCCCUCGACAUCAUUAAGUUCGUCAUCCGCUACGCCCUUAGCGGCAAGGCCUGGGACAACCUCCUCCAGAAUAAGGUUCGUUGCCCUCUCUCUCUCCAUCUGUGUGUGUGUGUGUGUCUCUCUCUCUCUCUCUCUUUCUCCGUGGCUGCUGAGGAGCGGAGUCUGGUUUUUGUACAGACUGCGUUCACGACAAAGAAGGACUAUGGGAGGGGGGAGAGGGAGGCGCAGUGGGCGCUGGCGCAGAGGACGCUCCACGGCCUGCAGCCGGCGGACACCACGGCGCUCUUCAACGACAAGAACAGCUACCGGGAGCUAUCGGAGAUCGCCGAGCAGGCCAAGAGGCGGGCCGAAGUCGCCAGGUGCACCUGAUUCCCUCGUCUUCCUCCUCCGACAGAGAGAGAUACUCCAUCAGGGACAGACUCUAGAGAGGGUUUCCGUCGUCUUCCUCCUCGAGAGAGAGACUCUAUUAGGGUUUCCGUCGUCCUCGUCCUCUGCCUCGAGGGAGAGACUAUUAGGUUUAUGUCAUCUUCCUCCUCCUCGAUAGAUAGAGAGAGAGAAACUCCAUUAGGGUUUCCGUCGUCUUCAUUCUCCUCGAGAGAGAGUGACUCUAUUAGGGUUUCUGCCAUUUUCCUGCUCCUCCUCCACGAGAGAGACUCUAUUAGGAUUUCCGUCCUCUUCCUCCUCCGACUCCGAGCGAGAGAGAGGGAGAGUCUGUUAGGGUUUCCAUCGUCGUCGCGGUCGUCCUCCUUCUCUAUUAGGGUCUCGGCUAACGUGGUGGUGGGCCUCGCAGGCUGAGGGAGCUGCACACCCUCAAGGGACACGUGGAGUCAGUCGUGAAGCUUAAGGGGUUGGACAUCGACACCAUCCAGCAGCACUACACGGUGUGA